AAAGCGCCAAUGUUAUGGUCGUAAAUUGGAGCAGUCGUCCUCUGAGCCGAGUUUCGGUUUCCAGUCGCCCUUCAGCCUUCAACACAAGAGUGCUCUUCUCGGCCAAAACAGACAUCAGUCCAGCGUUACACCAUGGCAGGGACAAUUGCACGGAAAGCUAUUGACCACCUGAAGAGCAAAGACUUCAGGGAUUAUUUGAUGAGCACACAUUUCUGGGGUCCUGUAGCAAACUGGGGUCUUCCUAUAGCCGCCAUCACAGACAUGAAGAAGAGCCCUGAGAUCAUCAGUGGCAGGAUGACCUUCGCUCUGACCUGCUAUUCACUGCUCUUCAUGAGGUUUGCCUACAAGGUGCAGCCACGCAACUGGCUACUGUUUGCUUGCCAUUUGACCAAUGAGGCAGCACAGCUGAUGCAGGGAGCUCGUCUCAUCAAAUACAACAUUGAGAAGAAGAAGGGAUCCUAGUGAACAGAGGGAAGCAGAUGCAGAACGUUCAUUGCGGAGUGGCACCAUGCUGGUUAAUCAGCCACCUAAACCUGGACAUCAAAACUAAUGUAUCUAAACAUCUAAUUAUUGAUACUGUGGUACUUGCACCAUUUUUUAAAACUGAUGUUACUAUGAUUGAUCUUCCUCAUGAAGUUUUAGUCACUUUUUACUGCACAAACUCCUCCAAGAAUUUAGGUCAACUGCUGUAAUUUGUUUUUUUAGAUUUUUGCAAUAUUCAACACAUUCACACACAAAACUAUAACAUGGGUGAAUGUACUCUCAGCUAAUCACCCUAACAGUCUUUUCAUUAGCAUUACUGUUUUUAUUACUAUCUUACCUGCUUAGUAAUUGAAAUAUUAAUGAAUUUCACAGAGAACUUAGCCUGAGGUCAAUUUGUGCUAAGCAUAUAGACUAUGUUGAUUAACCUUUACUUAAACACAGAGGACACACUGAGUGCUAAGCUAUGAGUGUGUAUGGGCAUACAAUUUGGUAUAGUUUUAUUGCAGUAUGACAAAUAAGACAAGUUGCUUCUGUCAGUGCUGCCCAAACAUAUACUGUAUAUUAUGUGUUGUCAUAUGUCAUUCACAUUAAUUUAUUGUCAUUGUAUAAUUCACAUUAUUCUUUCUCCAAUUAGUGAAUUGAUUCUCAGAGUUUGUUCAAAUAAACUGGCUAUAACCAACUUGAACACAA